UUGAAAACAGGUACACCAUAGUGUUCAAAAGUUUUUUUUUCGUAUGCACAUAUCAUGAUCAGGACUCUUAAAUGAGUUUGCAUACUCAAUGUUAGAUCAGAAGCUCUUACGUGACGCAUUCUGAAUCCUACGGCUGAAAGUAUAAGCUCACGAUUAGAGCUAAACUCCGGAGUAGAGUUAGAAAGACAAUCAAGGAUGAUUUUGACAAAAAGAUGCUGAUAAUUAAUAAAAUAUAGCAUAUUAGUUAGGAAUAGAAGUGGAUUUGGUCGGUAUAUACAUCAUAAUGCUAAGUCCUUGUUUGUACUAUAAUCCUCUUUUUUAAUGUGGGAUUCAUUGUUUAAUGUAUACGUGUUUUAAAAUCACUGAUUGGAUUCCAUUUUUGGAUUUAUAAACACAUUAUCAAUAAGUUCGGCUCGAUUUAAUCAAUGAAUUUAUGUUGUCAUUUUCUUCUGGCCUGCAUUUUCUCAUAUGUACACACCUUAAAACACCCCCCACCCUCUCUCUCUCACUCUCUCUCUCUUCAUGCCAACAAGAAUGACCAAAUACUGCAAGGAGAAGGCAGUGUUAGUGGCUGUAUAUGUGGAGGGGCCAAGAAGGAGAAGGUUGACAUCAAACAACCACCACCACCAUCACCACCACCACCACCACCACCACCUUUAUGUUCAACAAUCCAAACAUGGCACUGCCAAUGGUAAAGGGCACAAUAGGAGGGCUGAGCUUCUGGACUACUCACGCCGCCUUCGUGAGUCAGCUAGAUCAGGAGGAGCAACCUCCACCACUCAUCCAAAGCCACCCAACAACCAACAACCUAUUACCAAGAUCUUUACAGUUGAAAGCAAGCCAAAGCAUGGAAGAGGUCCAACAUGUCUCGGCGACUGGAAGAUCUUGAUUCCUAGCUUUCUCAGGCCUUUGACAGUGUCCCAAGCUAAGAAAGAUGGGAGGAAGAAAAAGAAGAAGAGCAACAGUGAAUCCAUAGCCACUAAGAUUAAAGCUUUCGUGAAAAGCUUCCAGGUGCAAAAGAAGGGGGGAUUUAUUCCAAAAAUGUGUGCAACAAUACAAAAACAUAGGUAAAGCUUCAUCUAGCUCAUAUUUAAUUACAUCAGUUAAGUUGUUUAAUUUUUGUAAUUUAAUUCAGAAAUCCAAAACAAAUAAAAAGGGCUUCUCAGAUUGGAGGCUGCUUAUGUACACCAAUCUAUGUAUUUUUUUAGGAACUUUCAAUGUAAAAUUAAAUGCGCACACUUGUCUGAGAUGAAUUAUUUAUAUUUGUAUACCAGACUUGGAUUAAGCU